UCGGCGCCUGUGGCGGUGGGUAAUCUAAAUCUCAACUAAUUAAAAAGAUGAAUACUCGGUCAUCUAUUAUUGAUUGAUUUAGAAUUUGGACAGGGAAUGGAGAGAGGCGUAGAAAUGAGAGUGCAGAGAAUAGCAGAAGAGGGCAUAGCAGAGAUCCCUUCCCAAUACAUACAGCCCCUUGAGAAUCGACCCCUCAUCAUCGUCGAGAAGGAUUGUAACAAUUUAAUUCCAGAGAUCAACCUGUUUGGGUUCGACGCGGAGCAGAAAGAUUCAGUGAGGGAGGCCAUAGGGGAGGCUUGCAGGGAGUGGGGUGUGUUCCACGUUACCAACCACGGGGUAUCCAUGGAAUUAAUGGACCAGAUGAGGACUGCAGGCUUAUCCUUCUUCAGAGAUUACCCUUUUGAAGAAAAGCUCAAGUACGCAUGUGAUCCCAAUUCAGCUGCUUCCCAAGGAUAUGGAAGCAAAAUGCUGCUUAAUAAUGAAAAAGGCGGAGUCUUGGACUGGAGAGAUUACUUCGAUCACCAUACUCUCCCUCUUUCUCGCCGUGAUCCUUCUCGCUGGCCUCACUUCCCUCCCUGUUACAGUGAAGUUCUAGGCAAGUACAGUGAUGAGAUGAAGGUGCUCGCUCAAAAGCUGUUGGGGCUCAUCUCGGAAAGUCUUGGGUUGUCACCUUCUUACAUUGAGGAUGCCAUUGGCGAUCUCUAUCAGAAUAUUACAAUCAGCUAUUACCCUCCGUGCCCUCAGCCUGACCUCACCCUUGGUCUCCAGUCCCAUUCCGAUAUGGGUGCCAUCACUCUUUUGAUUCAAGACGACAUUCCCGGUCUCCAGGUCUUUAAAGAUUUCCAAUGGUGCACUGUGCAACCUUUAUCUCAUGCUAUUCUUGUCAUUUUGUCUGACCAAACUGAGAUUAUAACCAAUGGGAAGUAUAGGAGUGCUCAACAUCGAGCAGUAACUAACUCAAGCAGGCCACGACUGUCAGUUGCAGCAUUUCAUGACCCAUCCAAGACGGUGAAUAUAUCACCGGCAUUUGAGCUUACUAGCGAGUCUUCUCCUUCGAGGUAUCGCGAGGUUAAUUAUGGGGACUAUGUCUCCUCAUGGUAUCGGGAAGGUCCAGAAGGAAAAAGGAAUCUUGAUGCACUUCUUAUGGAUAGUUAGAUCAUUGACCUUGUAAUGUACCCAAUUCGAUGAUGCAUUAUAACGGUUCAAGGUCUCAAAACCUGUCAGUGAAUUGAAAUUCAUGUCUAGCGAACGUGUUUCACAUAAAGUUGUGAAAAGAAUCAUUCUGUUUAAACUUCAAUAAAACUUUAAUGCCCCCAUGCUCUAUAA